AUGAGAGCUGGUACCAUCACUACGAGCCAGAGACAAAGCGGUACAGCAUGCAGUAGAAGCAUACGUCGUCAUCUUCCCAUAAAAAAAACCAAAGGCAGGCUCACCAUCUUUUUCGACGUCCAAGGUCUGCUACUUGUUGAAUUCCUCGAGCACAGAAGAAACAUUAACUCCGAUGCAUGCUCUCUACUUACGAGUCUCUCCAUUGACGCGUACUGGUCUAUAAGUGGAAACAUAGAGCACGUUGAUUAUGGCAUUCCAUUGCAAGUUGAUGAAUACGGAAGAGUGAAUCCUAUUAUUCUGAAAUGGAAUAGAACUUUAGCAUUCACAUCAGAUGACAGUAUUCGUAUUAUUCUUUCAACUGGAUUGACAUCCAAGUCGUUGGAAAGAACGAUCAGCUCUCUUCUGGUGAAUAUUCUGGAACCCAAAAUAACCCUAAAAAGUAACAGAACUCCUCGUUGCUUGCCAUCUAAUUAUAAAGAUCUGCGGGUCGUGCGUGCCGUUUUUGUGGAUGACGAAUUUGUGCUCGAAGGAUCUGUUUCUUAUCGUGUGUCCAUUUUCAUAUACCAGUGGGUAUUUCCGGAUGGAUCGUUUGUUACAGGAAGAUCGUCUGCUUCAACUUUUCGCAUUGUUUAUUCUUUAAAGACAGAAGGUUUGCAUGAAAUUCACCUAAUUGUAACAUCUUCCCGUGGUGAAGCUCAAACAUCACUUCUUUUGGUGGCGCUUCAACAAGUUUAUGUAGAAAUUCUGGAAAUUCCUUCUCAAUUCAUUUUGGUUGAUACCACUAUGGAGCUUCUAUUCUCUGCCACUGUCACUAACACUAAAGCAUGGAAAUUGGAAUUAAAAUGCAACAAUGAAUUGAAGGACUCAUUCUUAAUUCCACAUAUGAGUAAACAAGAUAUCUGUGAUAUUGCUGAUCAUACAUUUAAAUGGGAAUUCCAUAACAGUGGAAAAUACCAAUGUUGGUUAUACAGCACCGAUGGUAUAGUCGCUACAAGUUCUGGAAGAUACAUUUUUAUUGUUUUUCCAAGACUUAUAAAAGCUUUAAUUGAGACUAAAAAGGUAAUAACAACAAACGAAACAGUUACUUUCUCUGUUAAUAUUCUUUCGUAUUUAGAUCAUACUAAUUCUGUUAUUAAGUGGAGAGUUUUAAAAGAAAAUGAUUUAUCUAUUAUUUAUAAUAACAAAACACAAGAACUGCUUUCGGUGUCUUAUAUUUUCAAGGAAGCUGGAAAUUUUAUCGUUCAAGUCAUUGCUUCCAAUCCUUUCAGCCAAGUACAAAAUGAAACAUUAGUGACUGUAUAUGAUCCUAUAACCGACUUAGUAAUCCAUCCGUAUCGCUCUGUUAUGUUCAUCAAAGCCACUUCCGAAGUCCAAUUUGCAGCCAGCUUUUCCGCAGGUACUGACGCACAUUGUACGUGGAUUGUACAUUGUACAUGCAGUCAUUUAUUGAAGAAAAACUUCAAAUUUGGCAGCACCGAUUGUAAAUUCAUUCACAGAUUUGUUUUAUAUGGUGUCUGCAACGUAUCAUUGUCUGUGACAAAUAAAGUCAGUUCGGUACGCCCUCGGACACCAUGGAAAAUCUUUGUUGAAGAGCCCGUUACCGAUUUACAAGCUUAUGUCCCUGAUGUCGUGCAGGCUGGUUCGGUUAUUAAAGUUCAAGUUUUCUUGCCACAUUUCAAUUAUGGAGCACAUGCUGUUAUUAGGACAAAAUCCCAACGGAUCGCAACUAGAUAUGAACCAGAAACUUCAAUUUACGAAGCAGAACUGACAACUGAAAAUCGGAAAAACCUUGAGUGGCUCCGGAUCAGGGCUUUUAACAAUGUAUCGUAUGAUGUGCAACGUCGUCCAGUUUUGAUUAUACCUGAAAUUGGAAGAGUUUCUAUUCAUUCCAGUGGGUGUCUGGUGACUGGAAAUUCUGCAAAGUUUCUAGUACUAAUAGAUGGAAAUAUUCCGUCCGAGAAAGAUCGUUUGCUGUACAAAUGGACGAUCCAAUUCAGUAACGGCACAACCAGCGAGUAUACAAGUGUCCCACUAUUGCAGACAGUAACUUUACUGGCUCCUGGAAUAUUAACUGUAUCCGUCACUGUCAGCAAUAAAGUGUCUGAACGGAAUUCAUCCAUAAGUUUACAAGUGAAGGAAAGCUUAGAAGAGCCCUGCUUUGUACAUGAAGCUAUCUCUGAAUUAGGGAAGGCAGUGGAAUUCGAGCUCCUUGGUUUCAUUCCUGCAAGUAACCUUAUGUAUGCGACGCUGAAACUGAGGAUAUCAAAGAGUACACGAUCUUUUCUGGUUGCACCCCAAAGGAUUCAAAGUCCAUCAAGUUACAGAUGGCGCUACAUUUUCCCGUCAUCUGGUUUCUAUAGCAUAAUGGCUCAAGUGUUUUUGGAGUAUUUCGACUUCAUUUCGACAAACCUCACUUUUCAAUCGGGAAUUCACGUCCAACAACGCUUCAUCUCGCUGCAUUUAGCUGGUCCGGAAAUCGUUUGUAUUUCCAGGAUUCCUUUAAAUAACGAAUGGUUUGCAAAAGUUGUUCCCUUUUCUUAUGGAAAUAUUUUUAUUUGGUCACUACCAGAAUUUGAUGAAAUCAUAUCUGCUGACUUCAAACUAGUGACACACCAAUUACACCCUGGAACUAAUGAGCUGAAAGUUACAGUUAAGAACUCCUUUGGUCAUCUAAAUGCAUCCAUGCUGGUUCAAGCUGCUGUCACUUUAAUCGCCUUGAAUUAUUCUUUCUCGGAUUUUUUUGUUGGACAAAAUGGCACAUUUUCUGUCACAAUCAAUCAACCAGUUUUACCUGAUGCUGUUUUUGUGGAUUUCGGGGAUGGUCACAAAUUUGACUCUUCUGCCAAUCCUUCUAUGCUUCUUCAUGAAAUUCAUGGAAAUAGUUCCACUUUCACAGUUACUCAUGCCUACCAGGCCGCUGGGUUGCACAUUGUAUACAUCAAUGCGUCGAACACUGUCAGUCAUCUUGAGCACUGGACCACAGUUGAUGUUGCCAUCCCUAUAUCUGGAGUGACGCUGAAAUUGUUAUCACCUUCGAUUGUUGCUCUUUUUGAAGAAGUUGUUGUGCAGUGUUUAGUGGAAAAAGGAUCUGAUAUUGAUUUUGACUGGGAUUUUGGAGAUGAUACAGAUGGUCAAUACACUACAGUGAACAGCACAAGCAAUAGCAGUGUAGCCAUCCAUAGUUAUGGAGUCGCUGACACUUAUAACAUCACGGUUCAUGUAUUCAACAAUUAUGAAACCGUCACAGCUCAUCUUAACGUGUCAAUUCAAGCUGUUGAACCCAUCGAAAAAUUACACCUGCGCCCAAUAUUCGAUCAGUAUGCAGCUGCUUUGCACGAAUUGAAACCUGAUAAAGCCAGUGGAACUGCCAAGUAUGCUACAGAUCCGAUUGUGUUUGAGGCCUGGGUAUGGAGAGGAUCUGAUAUCCAGUUUCUUUUUGAUUUUGGUGAUGGCCAGACAAAACUGGUAUCAUCUGAGCUUAAUGUGUGGUCUCUCCCAUGCGCCACUGUGAAACACAUUUACACUGCUGAAGGAAUAUACAGCAUUUCUGUGACUGCAACAAACCCUCUUGAUUCUGUGAAUCAAAAUCUUUCUCAGCCCUUCUUUGUUCAGUUUGCACCAAAAGGCCUUAAACUGGACAGACAAUAUUAUAUUAUUCAGUAUAUGCAUACACUUAAAAUCUUUGCAUCUGUCAGUCAAGGCACUAAUAUAUCAUUUGUUUGGACAUUAGAUAAUGAACAGCUCAUUGAAACAGGAGGCAUUCUAACAUUGGACUCUUUGAGACCAGGUGUACACGUUGUUUCUGUCGAGGUUUUUAAUAAAGUAACAGAUUUUGCUUACAAAACUGUUACAAGACCCAGUGCAUCAUCAAAAAUAUAUGUACAAGAGAAACUGCAAGAACUGAGUCUUUGUGUGUUACAUAACAGUGAAGAAUGGUGCCAAGGAGAUGAAUUGGAACUCCCUUUGGAUGAAGAAAUCAUAUUUGUCGCAAAAGUGCUUCCAAAUACAGAGAGAUCUUUAAGAUUCACUUGGCAAGUGGGGAUAGGCGAUUUAAAAAGAACUAACAAGCCAUUUUUGCAUUAUAUGUAUCCAAGUCCUGGAAGGUUUAUAGUAAAUGUUACUGCUCAAAACCACAUUAGUAUGGUCUCUUCUCCCCACCUUGAGCUUCAUCUUGUUCAGAAGAUUGCCAAUUUGACAUCAAUCCACUGCCAAGGACCAAAUCUUGUAAACCAUGUUAUUACUUUUCGUGCUCUCUAUUGGUUUGGUACAAAUCUAACUUUCCAAUGGGAUUUUGGUGAUGGAUCUCCUAUUAAAAUUACUCACUCUCCUUCUAUUCAGCACAUCUAUAAAGAAGUUGGAGAAUAUUGGGUAUCCGUGAAUGUGUGGAAUAAAUUUAGUCAUGCAAACAUUUCAACAAAUAUGUUUUUCUUGCAUCACUUUUGUCAGAAACCAGAAAUAACCUUCCUACAGCAAACAGGACAAGUUUUUAAUUAUGCAGAUGAUAUUUUGAUUGAAGCAGAAAUUUUAACUAAUUGUGAGACAAGCAAUGUUAAGUACAAUUGGACAAUCAAAAAAGAAAAUGGAUCUCUUGUGUUAUUUGAUGUUUCUGAUAUGUUGCUCCAAAGACAUCUAAUAAUACCUCAGUAUUAUUUAAAGCCUGGAAGAUACAAUAUUCAUUUGAAGGUUGAAAUGAGUGGAUUUAUUGUUUAUGCUGAGUCUUCAACAACCCUGGAAAUUCAGUUCCCAAAUCCUGUUGCUUUCAUCAAAGGUGGCUAUGUACGCUUAAUUGGAAGUAAUGACAGUAUUAAAUUGGAAACAAACAUAAUAACCAUGGAAAAUACAAGCCAAUCUGUAAAUUACACUUGGAGCUGUUCACCUCUUACUCAAAGACAUCUUUCUUGUUUUCAAGAAAACUAUCUGGAUUCUUUUUCUGCAACAAUCACAAAUAGUUUUGUCUUGUCAGCUUCACAUUUAACUCGAGGAUUAUCUGCUGUUAUUAUUAACUCAACUAUUCAAGGUCAACAACUAGUUUCAGCAUCACAAAUAAUUGAAAUUAGGCCAGCUCAGCAUGUGUUAAUUACUACCAUUGACUCUGAAGUUGGUUAUAAUCAUCAGAUUAAUCAAGAUUCCAAAAUUCGAAUGAAAGCUAACUGUCAAAAUUGCUCAGGCCAUCAUGUUGAGUAUGAAUGGAAAGUGUGGAAAAUUGAAGGAGAAAUGCAUAAAAUGCAUUAUAGUAAUUAUGAGUGUGUUCAAGCAGAUGGUUCCACAUUUUUUAUUAUGUCUCCAAAUACCACAUUAAUUUCUGAAAAUAAUUCUUACUCCUUUCACAAUAUCUUUCAAGACAACAUAAAAGAAUCAUACUAUGGUUCAACAAAUCAACUUAUAAGUGAAGAUCUUCCACCAUUCCCAAAUUUACCAGGCUUUCCAGAGGAACUAAAUUUUUCACAUUCUCGAAAAAGACUUCGUUCUGUUCGACAUUCACCACAUGAAUCCAUGAUUGAUCCACCUGACUUUACUCCAUUUCAGUCUUAUCCCUUUGAAGAAAAUGCACAUUAUGAUAUUAAUUCAACAUUUUUCAAUCUCAGUUAUCCAGAUUUCUUACCAGUUUCUCCGCAUGGUGAUGUAUUGGGAGGUCUUGAUUAUCCUAUACCUGAAGAAGGUGCUCCUGGAGAGAGUGGAAGUGCUAUUGCUCGAGAUCAAAGUUCCCAUCGUUUCAAAAUAUAUUUAUCUGAAAAUGAAGGUCAGAUUGAAGAAGGUGCUGGGAAACCUCGUAUUGAUGGAAGUCAUGUUUUUGUUCAUGAGACUGACAAAAUGGGAGAUCCUGUUCGAGAUCCAAGAUUGCAUGAAAUACCUACUGUUACUCAUCUUCUUAAUAGACCCAGAAAUCCUUUAUUCUUAAGUCGUGACAAUACAACUACAGGUUUCAACUCGGAGUAUUUCAUACUUAAACCUGGAGUGUUACGAGCGGGCCAUUCUUAUUUGAUUGAAGUUAUUACUAAAGAUAAAAAUCAUGCUGUCGAAGGGAGUGCAAUGGAACUCUUACUGAUUAAUGCUGGUCCUGCUAAUGGUAGAUGCACUUUAAUGCCAACUCAAGGUUACAGUCUUAAUUUUAAUUUUCGAUUGCAUUGUAUGGAAUGGAAAAGUGACCACCAACCUCUCUACUAUGAACUCAGAUAUUCCCUUACACCUACUGAACUAGGACAUUUGAUUUAUUUUGGAUUGAACAGAAAUGCAAAAUUUGUGCUUCCUUCAGGACUUGAUUCAGAAUCUUUUAAUGUGUAUUUAAAUGUCAUCAUUCGAAACAAUGUAGGCGCCUCCACUAAAGUUUGUUCAAUAGUGAGAGAAGUCAAACCCCUUCAUUUGAAUACUACAUUAAUACAGUACAUAUAUAACGAAACAUUUCACCCUCAGUCUCAACUAGCCAAAUAUUUGGGAGAAAAACAAAACCAAGCUCUUCUGCAUCAAAUUCAUGUUUUAUCAUCAUCCCUCAAUAAUCAAGAUUUAAUUAAAAGUGCAAAUAAAAAGGAUAAAAUUUUAAAAGAACAAAUUAGAUUUCGAUUUUUAGAAGCCAUUGAACAUUUGAAGAUUUUGAGCAAGGUAGAAGCUGUACAAAUUCUCUCAUGUUUGAGUGAAAUCAUUACAGAUACAUCAGAGAUUACAAUGUUUGAGCUUCAGAAAGUUUACAACAUCUACACUAAGUUACAGAAUCUUAAAUCUGAGUUGUAUGGCUUUACAUCUGAGGUCCUGCAACAUGAAUUUUUGGUUCUUUUAUCAAAACUGAUGUUUGCGUCUCAUUCUGUUUAUUUAAGAAAUGAAGAAUUGAUCAGAAUAGGGCGUCAACAACUUGCUGAAGAAAUUAAGGAUUUGAUGAAACUUAGAUUGAAAAUUGAAGAGCCACUUAUCAUAGAAGUCCCUCACAUUUUUAUAUGUGGUCUUUAUCUUUUAAAUGUGGAACAGAAACUUGGAUUGAAUGCUUUCCAAAUACCUUUAAAAUUGACUGAGGUUCAAUUUCUUGGUGGCUUUAAUUCUACUUUUAAUAAUAAAAGAAUAAAAAGAUGUUCUUCAGAUGGUUGCAAAGACGAUGAUAGCUGUAUAGCUCUGAUUGCUCAAGAAUUUGACUAUGUUUCUAUGCCUCAUUAUUUAAAUUUCGCCCAACUUUUACCUACCAAAAAAACGUCCAUUUUACUUUCUGUUUUAUCUUGUGACAAAUUAAAGAACUUUGACAGCACAGCUAAUUUAAAUUUCAGUGUUCGAUUUUCCCGCAAUCAUGAAAAUGAAAUGACAAAUAGAGCUUUACUGUCAAUGCAUCAUACGAACUUUCAUCAGAUAAAUAUAACUGAUGAUGACAUCAAUCAUUCUUAUUUAUUCCAUGUGAAAAUGGAUUCCGGAAUAAAUGGAAGUGAAAAUUUUCAAUUAGAAGCAUUAUUUAGGCAUGGAAAUUGGCCUACACCCAAGAAAUACAGCUGGAAACAGAAAUUUGUUACUAAUGCUGAAGAGCACAGUUUUUUCAUCUCCCAAGAUCAUAUUAAAGUGCCUGGUAUAUAUUACUUUGCUGUAUACCCUCAAGUUGAGAACAAACAUGUUAAAUCCAAUGAAAUACUCACUGCAUAUAGUAUUUUCAUUUGGAAAGAAGUCUGUCUUGGAAAAUCAAGAGGAAUAUGGUCAACUCAGAAUUGCUUCUCUUCUGAAACUUCUAAUUAUGUUUGGUCUGAUUGCAAGUGCUCUGCUUUAGAAAUUACUGCAUAUUCAAUUCCAUUCACAGUCAACACUUUUCAAGUACCCCUGAAAGACUUGAUGGAACCAUAUUUCAAUUUUGUGCCUAUUGUCAUUUUUAUAGCGAUUUUACUUGUCUAUUUUAUUCUGCUGGUUUUGAACUUUUAUAAAGAUAAAAUGAAGAAUAUAAGUUGUUCACCUGUGCCUUUGAUUGAUAACAAUAACAAACACAAGCAGAUGUACCUUGUAUGUGUAAAGACAGGGAUGUAUUAUUCAGCUGGAACAACAGCUUCAGUUUUUAUUGUCUUGCAUGGUACAAAAGGAAUGACUGAAACAAGGCAACUGAUUGAUUCAAAAGCUGAAAAAUAUUAUUUUCAAAAGGGAGCCAUUGAUUUAUUUUUGAUGAGCACUGAAAAGAAUCUUGGCCCUCUAACAAAGUUAGAAGUAUGGCACAAUAAUCACGGUCCAUCCCCCUCAUGGUAUUUAAAAGAAAUUAUCAUUAAAGAUCUGAAAACAGGUUUUAGCUACGAUUUUGAAUGUUACAAAUGGCUUUCAGCUGAAAAAGGUGAUGGACAAAUUGAAAGAGAGCUAACACUUCUGGAAAGAAAACCAUCGUUUUGUUCAAUAUUUUGGGAUAGUUUUGUAAAUUUAAUUCAUGACUUCAAUAUGUGGAAUUCUGUGAUUUGUGAAUCUCCCACAUCUUUUUUCACUGGAGUUCAGAGGCUUAGUUGCUGUUUAUGUUUCUAUUUGAACUGCUCCCUGCUUUUUGCUGUGUUAUUGGAACAGAUAUUUGAAAAACAACCUGUGCAGGAAAAUGUUUUACCACAUAUUUCUGAAAGUACUUUCCCUCUUUGCCUGUCAGUAUCAGCAGCUGCAACAUUGCCCCAAAUUAUACUCACACUUCUCUUCCGAUUCUCAAAAAUGCCAUCUGUAAAUGUAGAUCCAAAAUUCAACAAGGUAUUUUGUUUCCUAUCCCUGCAUCAUUUGUAUUGUUGGCUGCGACAAAAACGGUCCAAUUCGAGUCAUUCAUCUGACAGAUCUGCUAGUUCAUUGGGCGAGAGUGAUAGUUUUUAUAGUAGUUUUGAAGAAAGCAGCAUUAUGUCCAUCCCUGAACUUAUGGAAGAGAGCUUUUCUACUGAGGGAAAAGAUGAGUUUCCUACCUCAGUAUCAUCAAUGAGUAUUAACGAUCCUGUUUCACCUCUUCAGAAAACUUUAUCUACUUGGCAAGCAUUUGAAAACUGGGUGAGGAAGAAACAUGAUUUAAUUAAAUCGGAUGUUAUGUCUGGAAGGCAGCAAAUAUCCACUGAAAAAUCUGAUUCUGUACUGAUACCAGAAGAAAUAAUGCUAGAAGAUUUAGAGCAUAAUGAAGAUGAUUCAAACCAGUCGAAUGAUUCUGUUUCACUUUCAUCUGAAAAUUCUAGAGACAGGCUAGAGAUCACCAACUUUAUCCGGAAUGAUGCUGUAUUAAGUCAUGGUUUAAAUUUAUACCUUCAUAUACCUUUCUUACAUUCUUCAUUUUACUAUGUUGCAUGGGUUUUACUCACAUCAAACAUAUUAUUGGCUGGUACCAUGACUGCUAUCAAAAUAUCAAGCUUUUCAUUCACAAAAUGCACUUUUUGGAUGAAGUAUACAUUCCUAAGUCAAUUAUGUUCUUUUAUGAUUAUUAUUCCUUCACUGAUUUUAUUGAUGACCAUCAUUGUUUCUAUAAAAAGAUAUUUGGGAUACAAAGUACAAAGGCAAUUAGCUUCUGAUGAGCAACCUUUACAAGAAACGGAUUCAAAUGAAAUCAAUAAAAUGGAACCCAGUUACAAAAGGAUUGAGUAUUUUAAGAAAUAUUUGCGUCCACCAAAAGAGCAGAUAUUGGAGCAGUUUAGACUAUAUGCAAUGAAAGAAAAAUAUAUUUUUAAUUUGCAAAGUUCUUUUUGGCAAUAUGUUGCAAUUUUCGUCUUGUUACUACUUCUGUUACUACCUAUUGAUACUCGAAAUCGAUAUUUACAGAAAACCUCAAUUCUAAAUUCCCUCUUCAGACAAUAUGGGCAGUCUGUUGCAGCUACACCCGUUAAAUCAUCUUUAGAACUAUAUGACUGGUUUGAGUUUGACUUUAUUGAUAGAUUCUAUGGUAGAAGUCAGUGCUUUGAUCCCAAUUUAGACUGUGCCAUAACCGUCUUAACUGGUUGCAGCGUAGUUGGAAGAACAGUUAUUAGAUUAUUCAAAAGUCAUGCAUGCCACGAUGGCUUAUUUUCAACAUGUAAAUACAAUUCACUUGAAAAUACGAGUUCAAAUAAUACAUUUUAUCAUUAUGAACAUCGUUUAUUGAAGGGACAUUUUGGUGCAUAUAAUUUAGAAGAUAAAUUGGUGAUUUUGCAGGAAAAUCCUGAAGAAGCUCAACAUCAAAUUGAUUUAUUUUUAUCUCAUUUGUUUAAUGUCACAUCUGGAGCUGUUAGUAUCGAGUUUUUACUUUUCAAUCCAACUUUUUCAACGCUUAUUUCUGUCUCUUUAUUAUUUGAACUUACAGAGUUUGAUAUUUUAUUCUCAAAAGAAAUUUUAUUUGCAACAUUAAGUGAGCCAACCAGUUUUCAAUACCAUGCUAAUUUUGCUUUGCAUCUACUUUUUAUGCUUAUUAUUUUAGUGAAUUAUAAAAAUAUGUGUUGGCGUAUUUUAAAAUAUGGACUUUCAAUGCUGAUAAAAAGCUGGGAUUGUUUCUCUGCAUUAUUCAAUGUUGUAUCAACAAUGUACAUUUCAGUGUAUAUAAUUUACAUGCUACAGUUUAGACAUAUUUUAUCCACUCUAGCAGAGAAAAACUUUCAUGUCAAUUUAAACAUAGCAAUGAUUGCUUACUUCGAGACUCUAACUCAACAGUUGUUAUCGUUUCUCAUUUUCUUGCACCUGAUUCAUUCAAUUAGAAUUUUGUGUUUCAGCCCUCGAUUGAAAAGAUUGCUACACAUUAUCACCAAAUCAUGGAAAAUCAUUUUAUCAACCUUUUUCAUUUUCAUGCUGUUGAUAUCCAUUUGUGAUUUAAUGACAAGACAUUUUAUAGGCGUUACUGAUAAGCUAUCUCAUCCUUUGAUAAACUGCAUAAAGGGGAUGGGCUCCAUAUUUAGAUUUUACAAGAAACCAGAAAUUGUUGAUAGUGAUUCUAGCAUAAAUAAAGUGUUGUCCACCAUUAUAUUAUUUUUCAUUGUUGCAAUUCAUGUUGUAUUGCUAUCCUUUUUAAGAUCAGUAUUGAUCAAAAAUAAAACUUCUGGACAUAGAGUUGUGAGGGAAAAAAUAACAUUGAAAGACACAAAAAAAGUCUUAAAACGAAAAUUAACUAGCUGUUUUAAGCCACCGUCUCCUCAUGUUGUAGCUAAAGAUGACUAUGUACUGCCAGUGGAUUUCUUACUUAUAGAACUGGAACAACUGGCUGAUUCUUUGCUAACAAAAGCCAAUGACUUAUUUUCAGAAUACGAAAUUAAUGAUUGUAAGAAGUUGGAAGACACCAUAUGUUCCUCCACAAUAGAGGGUUAUUUAACAUCCCAGUGCCAAUUUUUGGAAAAUGAAAUAGGUUUUGAAAUACCUUCAUCUGAUGAAAUCAAAGUUGGUGGUCCGUUUGAACAGUACAGUCCAAAGAUGAGUGUGGAAUCUCAAUUGAAAAUUGCCGAACUUGUUACUGAAAGACUCACUGCCACAAUGCCUAGGUUGAGCAAAUCCAUGACAAAGAAUCUCCAACCAUCCAGUCUCAGUGCAUCAAUAUCUUCUCAAAGGAAAUUCAAACACUUUUCUGGAAAAAAUUUGAAUCUCUCAUCUUCAUUACCUCAUAAGAUACGCAAGACAUACCCUUUGUAUCAUGUAGACUCCGAUUCUUCAUCAUUUUCUGAUUCCAAUUCUGAUAAAAAUGUUGCAAAUUCGCUGAGAAAAACGAAGUCAAGAGGUAAAGGAAAGAAUAAAGAGCUUGAUAUAGCUGAUUUGGACGAUGACAUGCUGUAAUUAAUACUAAGUGUCCAAAUAUUAUGUUUGAAAAUAGUUUAAGAUGUUAUAAAUUUUAAUCCACUCUGAGCCAUGUCAAACUAUUGUUUUUUAUGAAAUGUAUAUAUAUUCUAAUAUUUGUAUUGUUUUUUAUAUUCUAUUUAGAUAUAUUAUUUUAAAUUGUGAAACAGGUGAUUUCAUAAAAUAAAUAUUUUAUAAACUAUCAGGUGAAAUCAGUUAAAACCAGUAUUUUAGAUCAAGUGGGAAUAGAAUUACAAUGACUUAAACCAUAAAAUACAAAUAUAUUUUAACUAGUGCAAAAAAUAAAGAAUUAAUGAUGAAAGGGAGUGGCAUCUUUAUUUAUCAAAAUUUGGAAUACCUAAAGUGGAAGUCCGAUUCAGUUUAAAUGUUGAUUCUUUCUGAAAGAUCAUCUGAGGAAAUUGGUCCACAUUUGUAUUUCAUGGAAACCAAUUACAUUAGUGGAUUGUAAAAGACGAUUUAUUGCUAUCUUUAUUUUGUUAAUGUUGCUAUCUUUGUUUUGUUAACUAUGAUUGGAGAGCAAGUCUUUUUAUCUUGCCCAUGAAUAAAUUUAUUCUUAUAUUUUUAAAUCUAAUUAGCCAUCAUUAAUUAAUUUUAAUGUGGGAUUAUUUAUUUAUCUCAUUCAUACUAGAUUUCAGUUGUUGCUUUAUGAAAUAGUUUUGUAUUUUAUGAAAUAACUAAUUUAUAAAUAUCUUUCAUUUAGUCAUUGGUCUGAAUUUUUCGAAAUGUUACAUUUAUAAAAAAUGUUGAUUCUUUCUUAAUGUUACUACAUUGUCUAUUUUUCUAUGUCUGUAAAUAUUGCU